AUGGGCCGGCGCCGCACCGUGGUCGCGCCCGAAGGCAAGCGCACGAGCCUCGUGUACACCAAGCCCAUAAUUGUGGCGCCCGUCACAGCGCCCAAAGCGCCGGCCGCCGAGCUCGACAUGGGCGAGCGCAAGCGCCAGCUCGUGGCCAACGUCCCGAUCCUGACCAUGGCGAUCGCAUCUGGGACGCUGAGCACGCAGCUCAUGGACGCGCUGACGCCACUGCACUUUGACAACGGCGUCUUCAUCGUACGGCAAGGCGAGAAUGACACGGACAUCUACAUCGUCGAGAGUGGCACGGUCCAGAUCACGCGCGCGCGGCUCAAGAAGCUCAACAAGGACGACCAGCAGCAAGUGUCGACGCGCACCGAGUUCGAGUACUUUGGCGAGUCGGCCUUUGCGUACGCGCUCUCGGUGCAGCGCACGGCCAACGCGAUUGCCGUCGGCGAUGUCAAGUGCUUUGCCAUGUCGCUGCACCACUGCAAUGUGUACCUCGGCGCUGUCCGGGAUCUCAUGCGCUACCGCCUUCAGAUGCGCGAGAACGGCGUGCUCGACAACCUCAACGUCUUUUCCGCGCUGACGCUGCCCCAGCGCGGCCGCAUGCUCGGGCUCUCGACGCUACGCGCGUACGAGGAUGGCGCGUACGUCUGCAAGCUCGGCGAAAUGGACGACCAGUACUUUGUCCUUGUCGAGGGCGAAGCCAAAAUCUGCAUCCGGCCCAACGGCGUCGAAGUCGAGCUGCUUCGAAAAGUGUCCUUCCAAGGGUUUGGGGAGAUGGGCCUCUUCGGCAAGCCCCGGACGGCCGAUGUCAUUGCGGUCGGACCCAUCGUAUGCAUCAUCAUGAACCGAGAGAGCUUUGUGAAAGCGCAAACGGGCGGCGCGCACGACGCCGAUGGCGGUGUCAUGGCGACGACCGUCUCGAACGAGUGGAGCAUGUUGCGGCGGCUCGAGGCCAUGCACAGCAACCCGCGGGUCGUCGAGCACCUCGUCAAGCUCGUGCGCAAAUUCCAGUCGAUUCAAACGCAGAAAUUUGCCGGCAAAACCAUGUACACCGACUUGUACCGGCGCGUGUUUGCCAACCCACGGCUUGCGCUCGGGUUUCCGUCGAUCUCGAACCGCAUCGACUGGUUCGACCCGAUCUCGGCGCGCAAGGUCAUUCGCUUCGAAACCAAGCGCAUUCUCAACACCGAGCCGUCGAGAGAUCGCCCGCCGGACGACGUCGCCUUCCUCGGGCGGCUCGCCGAGACGUCGACGCUCCUCGAAAAAUUUCGCACCGACGACACCAAGCGCGACGGCAAGUUCCUCAUGGCGGCGCAGCUCGCGCGGCUCAUGGAAUUUGCGAUCGUCCGCCGUGGCAAGUACAUUUUCAAGCAAAACUCGAUCGAAGGCAAGGCCUACAUGGUGCUCAGCGGCGACGUCAGCGUCGUCUUUGAGGACGGCGAUGGCAGCGUCGGCCAUGUGGUCGCGACCUUGACAGGCGGCGACAGCUUUGGCGAGCUCACGCUGGUCACCAACAUGCCGCGGUCGGCGUCGGCGGUCGCGGCCACCGACGUCGAGCUCAUCGUGCUCCAGCGCCGCCACUUUGCGCGGCUCCUUCCCGGGUUUCGCAUUCGGCAUUAUAUCAUUGAGCGCGCCGAUUACCUCCACGAGCUGUACCCCAAGGCCGACCACAAAGCGUGCAUCCGGGUUGCGUUCGAUAUGACCGAGGGUACGUACCACGCGCAGCACAUCUUCCUGCGCCACGGCCACCACGCGCCCAGCUUCUUUCUCCUCCUUGCGGGCGUUGUCGGAGUCUACAAGCCGGCGCCAGAUGACAGUCGGGGUGUCGUGCACGUCGGGAGCCUCGGCCCUCAGCAGUUUUUUGGCGCCAGCGUCUUUGCGCUCCAUGAUACUGAAGACGCAACGUACAUGGCGACAACGACCGUCACGGUGCUCGAGCUUAGCGAUGCCAAGGCGCGCCGCAUGGACCUGCACAUGAUCCAAGCAACGACGGCAGCGUUGACGGCGCGGGCCAACUGGGAGACGUCGGUCGUCGCCAGGACAACGUCGCCAGCUUUGGUGUUUGACCCGAUCUGCCCGUGGGCCUUUCUGGGCGACGACAAGACGCAGCUCCAGCACCAAGUUGACAAUUUGCUAGACGCCGCCCGCACCGAGAGCGGCGGCGUGCAGUGGGCGAUGACGAAACAAAAGAAGAGCCAAAGCGAGGUUCGAAGUCCACGCGGAACACGAGACAAAGUACCGUGGAGCGAGCCCGUGUUUCCGCUGCCAACCAACGACUCCAAGAAGCCGCUCCUUGGGUCGUUUCUUUCGCGGAAGCUCCAGAGCUACCAAAUGGUGACGGCGGUCGUGCCGGUCAAGCGACUCCUCGCGCCACUGCAAGCACCGAUCGAGAUGCCAUCCAGUCCGGCGACACCACGCAUCGCCAAGCACCACCACCGACGGGCGUCCGUGCCAUGGGCCAUGGCGGCUGAGAAAGCAACGUCGGCGCCCGAGCCCGAGGUCGACGAGACGGAUGCGGACGACGACGAAGACUACGUCAUCGACUGGAAUACCGACGACUGCAGCGACGUGUGGAAAUUCGACCGCGUGCACGAUGACAACUUGUAUUUAUAACCGUCCGAGAUCGAUACAUUGAUAGUUUUCCAAA